AUGGCUGUGCUAAAGGGUUGGUUUAUGCUAACUCUAGUGCUCAUCGAUGGAUUCUGGAGUGCAACGGUAGUAAAUUGCGGAGAACUUAACCGUACGUUUCCGAGCAGUGGCGAUGAAAUUGGCCCGUUCAAAAGCAACCGGUUGUUAUCCAGAAAAAAACGCUUUCUACUGUUUCCACCUAGUGCACAAUUGCUGCUAACUGUUUCCGCUUUGAAAGGCCUAAUUUUUAAAGCACCGGGGGGAAAUGUACUGGUUGCUGAGUUGGAUAUGUUUCAUCCCCUUCCCGACUAUCGGUACCGCAUUUCAUCCUUACGGUUGGGUACUAUAGCAAUGUUGCCUACUGCUCCUCCAAAAGUAGUGCCACCGCCCCCACUACCGCCGCCACCACCGCCUCCACCACCAACACCUCCCCCUGCCCAAACAUCUAUGGGCAGUCACAAUGGGCACGAGGUUUCUCCCGAAGAGUUGAAGCAAUACUUAAAAGAACACCCUGAUACCUAUGUUCCCCCCGGAUAUGGCAAAGAUCGUUCGGAUUGGUUUAAGCCGGGUACAUACAAUCCUUACGUAGAUCCUGGGGAACGGAAUAUUUCAAAACGGCCAAAAUACACCUACAUAAGGAAUUAUUACAAUGCUCCAAACCACCAACCUUACAAAAGUAAGCUGUGGAACUAUGAUCCAGAAUAUCCCUACCAGGAAAGUUAUUUGCGAUCUUCAAGAUCAAUCAGUGAUGAGAAUGCGUACGAACUCGAAGAAGAAGAGGAUCGAUUCAACAUUAGCCAUCACAAGGAAUGGGAGCACUUUUAUCACUACCGAGAAAGGCGCGAACUUUACCAUACCUUGGAGAACGAAGUAGGUAGCAAAUUAAAUUUUCCGAUGAAAUCGUGCAUUAUGCGGGCUAUUUGUGAAGCGCGCAAUUUGCUUCCACGGAAAGGAAAAUCCAUGAUGAUGGAUAUCGCACGAAUUUUAUUUAGCGUGCCACUGAAAGCAGAUCUCGAGGAUGAUUAUAGUGAAGAAAUGCGUAAUCAGGAAAAAGAUUGUCACAAAUCGUAUGGAAACGACUGUCCGAUUAGUAUUUUAUAUCUUAUGUUGUUUGGAAAAUUCACGCCAUGA